AUGGCGGACAAUCAACCAAAUGAAGAACAUUUACUUUAUUACAUGCUGUUUCAUUUUGGAUCGGGUGCUAAUGCGACGGUUGGAACAAAGAAAAUUUCUGACGCAUAUGGAGACGUGUUGAAAGUCAUUCUACUUCCUUCAUCUCGAGCCAAUAAGGAAUCGGAAGCUUUGUUCUCCUCUCAACACGCUUACCAGGAUGGUAAUACCUUGCGAAUUCCCAUCAACGAGACCUCCACUGAAGAUCUGCUGGACAAGUUCAUGACGCAGGCACUCUCAGGAUUGAUGGCCGCUAUUGCAUCCAGAAGGUUAGAUCAAUUGGAUUCGGACGAUCGCGAAAGAGUCCAUCGCUGUUUGAAAUUGGCUGCUACAGUACCAGAGUAUGCGAAAUGUGUGGUGAAACUACUGGAUAGGACCAAACACAUCAAAAGGGUGAAUAUAAUAAAAAAAGAGCCGCCCGUUUACGUUUCGACAAGUGGACUGUCGAGCAUAGCUCUGAACAGAAAGAGAGGAAAUUCAGUGGGAAAGUCUAGUAAACUGGAUUGGGUGGGAGGUUUCCGAUUGGCUAGGAUGAAAAGGAGUCUACAAGAGGUAGUGAAACAAUCGUCGUACAACAUACCAACUUCUGAUGAUGAUACUUUUGUAGCAAAAAUAGUACGACAGAUGACAAAAACUGUAAGAAAAUUCAAAAGUAAACCAGGUCCAGAGAGUUGGCGAUCAGCGAUUCAACGCAUCAAAUUGGUGGGAGCCGAGGCUCGAGCAGCGAAGAAACGUCGAGAUGCGCUGAAAAAGAGGCUGAGAAAGUUGAUCAACAACAUUCCAAAUAAAUUUCAGGAUGCAGUAAAGCAGAUGGAAACAAUGGACCAACAGAUAAACGAACAGAACAAAAUCGCGCAACGAAAGCGAAAAGAAGUCCGAAUUCCGAUGAACAUGUUGCGGGAAUCCAUCAAGACGAUUUUGAUGGCUUCUGGGAAGAAUGUGACGAAUUUUGAUAGGAAAACACUUAAGCUCAUUUCACCACGGUUCCUAAGCCUUGUGCCGGAGCAGAAUGAGGAUGGUUUGUUCAAUUUACUAUCCCCUUCGCUAUUCUCCAUACAUCCAGGGGGUAGAGAAGUUGAAAAGGCAAUGUCACUACACCAAAUGCUCAAGCAAUUACCUAACAAGGAUCAGGAAGCAUGGCUUGAUUUUAUUGUAGAAACAGCUGGAGUCACAGAUGCAGUAGAUAAGGCGGAGAAAAAGCAAAAAGAAGAACGUGAACGAGAAAUGUUUGGAAAAGACGGUGUCCCUCUUUACUUUACCAAAGGGAACGUCACAGAACUAUUCGGGGACUAUGAGAAGCGGAAAAUUGAGACGUUCGAGGCCCUCGACAAGAGUUACACCGCUGAACAGUUCGGAUUCGGUGCAUUUGCGUACGCGCUCGAAGCGGCAGCAGUUGGGACCGAGUUGGGACCGUCGCAAACUGCAACGAUAGGUGAUGCCACCAAAGGUUUCACCACGAUCCUAGCCGCUACGCUCCACCGAAACGCCUCGAGAGUGGCCACGUAUGCAAUUGCGUACUGGGCUUCAUGUCGUUUUGACCCUACUGUUGAUCUAAUUGCUGUGUCACAGAAAGACAACCUGGAUAAGCAAGGAUACGCCUUCCUCAAUAGUGAUCAGCUGGAACUCGUGUAUGGCCCGAAAUCACCGUACAAUAAAUCGGAUUCUCUAAGAUUAUUCCAGAAUCUGCGCCGAUUAAACGAUGAUCCUCAUCAUCUUGUGGAGCGAGAUAUUCGUGCGUUGGCAGAAGCGAAAAAAUUCCGCGUACGGCAGAAGGACAUCGCUCUGUCGCCUUUCGUCCUCUCACCACUGACAUUCGCUUCGGCUGCUCUUUCGAACAUGUUUAUAGUUCUUUCACCGUUAGUUCUGUCGCCCGUCACCCUCUCACCAGCAGUACUGGGACCAAUCAUCCUGUCACCGUGGGUGUUCGUUCCCCUAGUUCUCUCACCUCGUGUCUUAUCUCCACUUAUUGUCAAUCCGAUCAUAUUCUCACCAAUCGUUUUGUCGCCACUUGUCUUGCAUCCUUUAAUUCUUGUUCCCGGUGUGUUCAAUCCUCUUGUUCUCACUCCUUUGGUACUCUCUCCGUUGGUUCUUUCACCUCAAGUAUUUUCACCUCUUAUACUAUCACCAAUGGUUCUCAAUCCACUUAUUCUGAACCCUAUGGCAGGAUCUCCACUAAUUCUCUCCCCAUUCGUGCUCUCCCCACUUAUUUACUCACCACAGUACCUCUUUGCAGUUAUACUUUCCCCGUAUGCCCUGUCGCCUCUAAUCGAGUCGGAACUCAUAUGUUCAGAAGUAAUUUUAUCACCUAGUUGGCUUUCAUAA